GUCCUGGCAGUGUCUCCCCACUAAGCUCGCUUUACUUUCACUUGCAUCAGACAUCUACAUGUGUUAUUUCCAUCUGCAAGCUUGACAAAGUACAAUGCAGUCAACCAGGAAGGAUUUAAUACAUUUAUUUUGGGAUUUUUUUUUUUACUUUUUAAAAAAUGUUGCAGCAACACUUGAGAAUAAAAGUUUUUUCGAGAGAGUUCUAGUUAAGACACCACUUGUUAAUUUCUAGGACUAGUAGGAGAACGCGGUGCUGAUGGGUUUGUGUCUGAUACCAAAUGGUUGAUUAGGUGCUAAAGGGGCGGUAAUGAGACAGAGUGACUAUUCGAGGUCCGAGCUGGAAAUUUCAGAUUUGCAAAUCGCCCGGUUUCUUCUCUGCCAGUCUUGCCCUCCCUUCUCCACAUAAACAAGUAGCCUUGCUAGAAAACCCACCACUUUGGAGAGUGCAGUCUCGGGCGACUACAAGCCUUGCUGGAAACAACUUACAGGCUAAGUUAUAUGUGAUUCCAUCUGAUAUCCAUAAGAGACAAAGUGAUUGAAAGAGAACUUGGAUGGCAGCUGUAUGAUUGAAACUACCCAAAGUCAAGUGUCUGUAUUCUUUCAACUAUAUUUGAGGAUAUAAACUGUGAUCAAAUUGAACAUUUAUUUGGCUGAUCCUCAUCAUGAACCGAGCUUUUAGCAGAAAGAAAGACAAAACAUGGAUGCAUACGCCGGAAGCUUUAUCAAAACACUACAUUCCCUAUAAUGCAAAGUUUCUUGGCAGUACGGAAGUGGAGCAGCCCAAAGGAACAGAAGUUGUGAGAGAUGCUGUAAGGAAACUAAAGUUUGCAAGACAUAUCAAGAAAUCAGAAGGCCAGAAAAUUCCUAAAGUUGAGUUGCAAAUAUCAAUUUAUGGAGUAAAAAUUCUAGAACCUAAAACAAAGGAAGUCCAACACAAUUGCCAGCUUCAUAGAAUAUCAUUUUGUGCAGAUGAUAAAACUGACAAGAGGAUAUUCACUUUCAUAUGCAAAGAUUCUGAGUCAAAUAAACAUUUGUGCUAUGUAUUUGACAGUGAAAAGUGUGCUGAAGAGAUAACUUUAACAAUCGGCCAAGCAUUUGACCUGGCAUACAGGAAAUUUCUAGAAUCUGGAGGAAAAGAUGUUGAAACAAGAAAACAGAUUGCAGGGUUACAGAAAAGAAACUUAGUGUUCUCAUGUGACUUUGCUUCACUUCCUGAUGCUUCUCAUGGGGAUCAGAGCAGCAGAAGCAGCAGAUGCUGGAUUCAAGACUUAGAAACAGAAAAUAUGGAACUUAAAAACAAAGUACAAGAUUUGGAAAGCCAGUUAAGAAUAACCCAGGUAUCAACAUCUCCACUGCUGAACAAAAUGUCUGAUCAUGAGCAACACGGGUUUCAGAGAUGCUUAUCCUCUUUCUGGCGUAGUAGUGAUGAUUCAUCUCCCUGUCUAAAUAUUUCUUCCAUUACUAUCACUCCUGUCAACUCGACUGAUUCCAGACUAUCAUUGGGACUGUUAAUACCACCACCUCCUAAAUGUGGCCUUCCCAAGCCAGUCAGUGAGAGCAGCAUCCCAAGACCUCAUGCAGGCAGUGUGACACCUAAGUCACCCUCCACUGACAUCUUUGAUAUGAUUCCAUUUUCUCCAAUAUCACACCAGUCUUCAAUACCUACUCGCAACGGCACACAACCACCUCCAGUACCUACUAGAUCUACCGAGAUUAAACGGGACCUGUUUGGAGCAGAACCUUUUGACCCAUUUAACUGUGGAGCAGGGGAAUUUCCUCCAGAUAUUCAAUCAAAAUUAGAUGAAAUGCAGGAGGGGUUCAAAAUGGGACUAACUCUUGAAGGCACAGUAUUUUGUCUCGACCCAUUAGACAGCAGGUGCUGAUGUCAAGAACAAGAGGUCCUUAUUCAUGUUAAAUUUAUUUUGUCUACAUAUAGCAUUCAUUAUUACUUUAUGACAGGUAUUAUACAUGUGCCAAUAUAUGUAUAUUUUUAAUAUCUUCAGUUUCUGUAAAUUCUUUUAGUACCACUCAGUGUACUGUAAAGCAUACUUUUAUGUUCCUUUCUCGUUCUGUUGUAGAAGAAUUUGUAAUAGAAAGACAAAUUAUCCAAAUAUCUACCUUGUGUCUGAGUUCUAAAUAGUUAGCUUCUUGAAAUUUGUGUUCAUACUCCAGGCUGCUAGUUUAGUUUUGAUUUUCCAAAAGCCAUACCUUAAUGAUACCUUUCAAAGUCCUAAAGAGAUAUACCAAUGGCAAACUAAAUACUAUAUUCAAACUAAUAAACAUGUUACCAUUCAUUGGACAGAUGUCAUUUUAUGUAUGAAAUCUCGUUCAUAUCAUUAGGAAAAUGUAAACUUUGACUAUAGUGCCACCAGUUUAUUUUUAGCAGGUGAAAUGACAAAAACAUAAAUUUUAAUAAUAAUUAAACCAAAUGUAUUUAGAGUAUUAGUAAAUGCACAGUAAUAAUGUUAGUUAUUAUCAGUUAUACUCUAAAUAUUUUAUUUAUUUCAUAAGUAAAUAUGGUGGGGGCAAAACUGAAAAUUUGCUAUUUACAAAACACAAAAUUUAAUUUCUAAUAAGUUACAUUACUAAACAUAUAACAUUUAAUCUGAUGUUUCCUAAAAAAAGAAAAAUUUGGAAUAUAUACUGUCUAUAACUGCAGUGUCUGUUAACCAUAUUUACUUUACAAAAUAUAUUUUUUUCUCAAAAUAUUGUGAUGCCCCAUUAGUUUUGAUACUUUAAAAUCUAUGGAUACUAUUCUUUAUGAAUCAUCACUAUUAUUGAACAAAUUUAAUUUUUUAUUGUUGUUGAAGUUAGAAUCUCAUUUUUCACAAAAAUCAAGUUGUUGCUCUCUUUAGCCUUUAACAUGAACAAUAAUUUUUACUGAAUGCAACAAAAAUUUAUAGUCAAAAUUUAUAAUUUGGUUCAUCACAUUUUAAAAAGUAAAUUAAUAAAUGUCAACUUAGAUUGGGGGGAAGUCUCAAAACCAGAUUUUUAAAAAAAUUUUAGUCAUGGGAAUUUUCUUCAAGUGCUAAAGGUACAUUUUCACUAAGAGAAGAAAUGAAAUAGCUUAUGCAAUAUUAUAUUUGUAUGUAUCUCCAUAAUGUUCUAUGGUAUAUAUAAGCCUUCUUGUUUGUUUUCUGUUAUCUGCUAAGUUGUACCUUAAUUAGAUGGUAGUAUAUGUUUCAAAAAGAAGAGUCUUUAUAAUUCUGUUUGUCAUAUAGUAUUUUGGAAUUUGUAUAAUGAGGAUGUUUAGAAGCCAUAUCAAUGGCUUUUUUUUAACAGAUAGAAUUUGUAUUUUUAUUGUACUUUAAAAAGCUUUAUGUAAUAGGCAUAUACUUAGUCACCAUUUAUUAUCAAUGGUAACACAAAUAGAGUACUAAGAUGGUAUUUGCACAUGUUACUUUACCAGUUUUUAAUGGUAAUAAAUUCUGCUACUGGCAUGAUUAAAUAGUACAUAAUUAUGAACAUUUAUUUCACCAGUGCAUUUUUAUGAAGAUCCAGUUGAAAAUUGUAUUUCUAUGUAAACUCAAUAAUAUGUUUGAUUUUGCUGAGAAUAAAUGAUUUUAAAUAAAUUGCAUAAUUUACUCAUUAAAUAAUCUUUAAUUAAUUUAGACACAUUCUGAAGCUAAUUACAUGCCAGACUUUUCUGGUCAUAAAUUGGAGCCAAAAGGGCCGGCCGAGUGGCUCAGUUGGUUAAGAGCUCGCUCAAGAGUUUGAGCUCU